CCCUUGGAGGUCUGCCUCGCGAAGCACCUGUCCAACUGCUCAAGCUCUACCGUCCGUUCAAUGUGUUCCCGAGCUGAGACAGAGUCGUACUACCUGCUUGUAUCGCCCUGUUUUGCCUUUGGUCUGUCGCUUUUGUUCGUCCUGGCUGCUCGGUGGGCAUGAACGCGCGCGCGACCGGCCAGACUAUUGGCUUCAACAACGAGGGUGGGAGGAUCGCUAUCCAGGCGGCGGAGUAUCAUGUCCACGGAGACAACAUCGUAAAUCAAGCACAAGAAGGUGAUCUGGAGAAGCUACCGUACGCCGCCGAAGCGCCGUUCAACGCGUAUAAUCGGCAGCACGACCCGGAAUGCCUUCCAUCCACGCGAACCGCGCUCCUAGACGACAUAUACGCCUGGACCGAUGGACUUGACGAGCGAUGUGUCUACUGGCUAAACGGUCUAGCCGGUACCGGAAAGUCAACAGUUGCGCGGACCGUAGCUCGUAGACACUAUGAGCGGAGAAGCCUAGGAGCCAGUUUCUUCUUUGCCAGAGGCGGCGGCGACCUUGGUCAUGCGCGCAAAUUCGUAACAAGCAUUGCCGUUCAGCUUGCAUACAAUGUUCCGGUAUCUCGGCAGCACAUAUGUGAUGCAAUUGCAGAGCGCCCUGAUAUUUCGGAUUCCACGUUGCGCGACCAGUGGCAGCAACUCGUCCUUCGUCCGUUAUCCGCGCUCAACACUUUGGGCAACAUCACUGCUCUAGUCCUUGUCAUCGAUGCGCUGGAUGAGUGCGAUGACGAUGACGAUAUUCAGGUAAUCAUUGGAUUGUUGGCUGAAGCGCAGCUACUGAGCGGACCGAAAAUGCGGGUAUUCUUGACGAGCAGGCCUGAAGUAGCGAUCCGGCACAGCUUCUACGAUGUGCCAGAUGCAUCACAUCAGUGUUUUGUGUUGCACCACAUCGCAUCCUCUGUUGUCGAUGCUGAUAUAGAGCUCUUCUUGAAGCACAAUCUCGCGAUCACUGGUCGAGAACAGCGCCUGCCUGCUGACUGGCCCGGCUCAGAGAUCAUUGCGAAGAUGGUGCAAAGGGCCAGUGGUCUCUUCAUCUGGGCUGCAACUGCCCACAAAUUCAUCCGUCUAGGGGGAAGACGCUUUGCUGCGAGAAGAUUGGAAUCAAUAAUCAAGGAUGACUGUGAUCCACAAGCCGAACCCGAGAAGCACCUCGAUACCAUAUAUACUACCAUCCUAAGAAACUCAAUCCGGCCGGAGUAUACAGCUGAAGAGAAAGAAGAGCAUUGCGAGAUGUUGAGACACAUUCUUGGAAGUUUGGUAGUGAUGAAAUCGCCUCUCACCGCCCGAUCCUUGGGCGGGCUACUAGACAUGACAGAAGAAAAUAUUCGGUCCACUUUGGAAGACUUGCAUGCGAUUCUGGAUGUGCCAGCAGACGACAUGCGGCCACUUCGCAUUCAUCACCCUUCGUUACGCGAUUUCCUGCUGGAUAGAAGCCGAUGUACCGAUGCCGAUUUUUGGGUAGACGAAGCACAAAUUCAUACUGCGUUAGCAUCGCGGUGCAUGAUACUGAUAGAGUACUUCUUCGAGAACGAUGAUGGUAGCAAAAGAAAACUCGUAUCAAAGAGGUAUGAGGACUUGACUUCAAGGAGAACAAUGAUGAUGGUGGUAUUCGAACUCAUGGCAGAUUGUCACGAGGAAGAAGCAAACAGUUACGAGCAGCGGGCAAAGGACAUACUAGAGGUCUACGAGCAGGAGACAGAGCAAUUUGGGAAGGACGUAAAGGGUUUCGAAGAAACGGCAAAUAGUUACGAGGAAUCAACAAACAGUCACGAGAAAUCAACAGACAGUCACGAGGAAUCAACAAACAGUCUCGAGAACUUAUCAGACCUUUACAACAAUUUACUACAACUUUGCGACCAGGAGGAAAAGCAAUUUAGGAAGGAUAGAGAUGCUAUCGAGGAGUUAGUAAAAAGACACAGGUCUAUAAAGACUGUAAAGAGUAUAGAGACAGCAGAACUUGUGAAGAGUAUAAAGGAGACGGGAGAGAAUUAUUAUAAAUCUCGAGCGAGCAAGCAAAGGAAACUGGCAAGCUUGGCAAGAGGUCUCGCAGGCUUGGCAAGAGGUCUCAGAGAUGAACAAGCCAUCGUAAGCCGUCUAAGAGGUGAAGCAAGUAAUGGACUGAAAAUGGCCAAUUUCAAGUCGGCUGUACAACAUGUGUCCAAGUUCAUUCGUAUGCCGAAGGGACACGGAGGCAUUAGAUUGGAUAGUCAAGGGAGACUUGGAGAGUGCGACGAAGCGUUCGACUUUACGGAGCUCUAUUACGCAGGUUGUAACUGGGCUCGUCACCUCGAACGAAGUGAGUUGAAGGUUGUUGACGGUGGACAAGCUCAUACAUUUUUCACAGAGUAUGUUGAUGACUGGGCAAUGAUGCUGGUCAUCUGUUCGGAAGCCGCUUCAUGUUUGAGCAAUAUACUGUGUCUCCUACACUGUAUUUCUGAAGACAGUCCCCAGUUGCUCGAUCUAGUUACCAAGAAGACUCUAGAAUACUGUCGCUCUAUGACCAGCUUCAGCGACCUUCUCGAAGACCUUCACUAGCUACAGAGCAAGAUGAAGGAGUAGAUUGAUAGAUUGAUUGCAAGUUUUGGAUAUCUUAUACCAAACCAGCUGAGAAGAUAUAUGCCCAACCACCGGUGGAUGGCAGGGGGUAUCGUAGACCAAAAAACAAGAACAAAAUCCAACCCAACAGCAAGACGAGAACAAAGACAUGCUCACAAAAAAAAUCGCAAUCUAGCGCCAAAGUGAUAGACAGAUAUGCCACCCGUUUCCAAAGUCCCCACCCCAAACAACCAACCGACCACAUCCACAUUAUAAGUAUAUCCG